GCGCGUUCGAGGAUAAGGUUCUCUCCCGAGCUGUUCGCGAGAGACAGAGAGAAUGUGUGUGCGAAUCCUGCAGGCAGUCAGGAGCUGAAGGGGUGUGAGAAGUUUGGUCUGGUCGCUUCUGAAUGUGGGUGAUUUGAUCAGAUCCUCCUCUGCUGAUAUGCAUGGAGUUAUGGUAACAGCACCUCAGUGCAGUGUGCUAUUCUUCAAGCACCUCUUGCAACUAGAAAACAGACCAGUCCUGUUUAAGGCUGUGUAGAACAUGCCAGCAAAAAGCCCAUGAAAACAUUUUUUGUUGUUGUUGUUGUUGUUGUUUUUUUUAAAGCUUGCGUCUUUUAUCCAUUUAUACACUUGCCCUACGUGCGCGAUUUGAUUCAGUUUGAAAAUGAUUAAAAGUGAACCCAAAAGUGACCGAGUGCUAAGGAGUGCCUCUCCUCACAGAAAUGCAUACAAAUCAGACUUCCACUCCAUCAAAUGCUCCUUUGAGGGCCCGUCCGUCCUUUACUCCUAUGGAGGUAGCGAGGUGCGAGGCAGACCAUCAGGUAGCCGGGUCAAUGAAAUCAAAAACCUCUUCCUUCAAAUGGAUGUCCAACAGCCACAGGACAGUGCAAACCAAACCAAACCUGGAACGGCUAAAUUGCAACGAAGUUCCAUCUCGUACAGAUCUAGCAUGGGGAGUGCCUCCAGCAUGGAAUCGGGCACCUCGGAAGUGGUACGUAAAUCAGAAGACAUCUCGUAUAAUAAAGUGGCGCUGGCUGAGAAGUUCUCAGAGACCAGAAAGCUCUUUGAGAGUGGACUACCGACAGACAGAUGUGGGCCUGGUAGAUCUGUCAGCCGGUCUUCUGUGCGUAGCGUUUCAGAGGAUGGUAGGUGUGUGAAGAAGCUGACAGAAAAGACAGACCAAAUUCAGAUAAUAGGAGAACAUCCGAAGCAAGCCAAGGACAGGGGAAGAACUGAGCGUGAGGUACCACCACGCAAGCCUGCCGUGAUUAUGAAGAACGCGGGACCUAUAUCCAGGAGACUGGAGAGCUUCAUGUUAGACAGCGACAGUGAGUCGUUGUCCGGCCCAUCUGUCUCAACUCGUUCACAAAGUCCAAGCAGUCAUUCCCAACCACCAUCGUCCCCAAACAGUGAGCAUUCCGAUACACCUUUGUCACCAGAUAGUGAUGGUUCUCCCACAUCAUACUCUCUGUGGCCUGAAAGUCCUUCUGGCCAGGCAGAUGCGAGCUUAACUUCACAAAGUGAGUCCCAGUAUUCGCCUUCACCAUUGAAUGGAGUCUGCAAAGAAGAAAGCCCUCCAUGGACUAGCCAUGGCACAAAAACCACAGUGGCCAAUGCUAGUGAAACUUCAGUUUCUGUUGUCUCUACACAACCAACUAUUCUUUUUAAAAGCGAGAAGCGUCAUCGUUUGUCUCUGAGCAGUAGUUCUCUCAGUCCUUCAGGAGAUGGAAAUGAAUGUAUGGAAUUGAAUGUCUCCAAAGGGAAGCAACAGAAGGGGGACUUUGGUACCCCUGGUCUGUCUACGGUCCGAGCCGAGUUAGUGGUGGUCCAUAAUGAAUCAUCUGAGGGUGAAAGCAAUGAAGACGACCACAUUGCAGAUGAUGUUUUUGAGGAAGUCAAGAAUGAGCAACUUCCCACAAAUCUUCCUUCGGACAAGGAACUCCUAGACAGCAAGGAGGUUCGAAUCAUAUAUCAAGAUAAAUCAGGGAGGGACUUUAGGCUAGAGGAGGAGGAGAAAAAGGAGGGGAUGGACAGAACAAAGAUUGUAGGAGAUAAGGAAAGACAGGAAAAGUUGGCUGAGGAUAAAAGUAUGCACAAAGAGAAGCAGAAGGAGCAAGAGGAAGAUGAGAAGGUGAAAGUGGUACAAGACGAGGAAGAGCAAGUGCAAGAGGAACUAUAUCCACACGGUGAGAUGAAAGUUGAGCAGAAAUUGGAGGAAAGUGCCAUGCAGAAGGAGCAGAGGGAAACUGAGGAGAAUGGGGAGGAUGAUCAGGAUGUGGUGAAGGAGGCUUUAGAGGAAGAGGAUGAUGAACAUGAUGUUGAAGAGGGGCAACAGCAAGUGAAUGAGGACUCUGCUGGGAAAAGACCUCUGAUAUGUGGGAUUGAGAACGCUGCUUUUGUGGAUGACCGGGAAAGCAAGUUGGAUGAGCAGCAAAAGGGACAGCACACCGGACCAGACCAUGACCAGUUCCAGGAAUAUGAGGAGAUUCCAGGCCUCUCUGAUGACGAUCUCAGCCCAAGGAGAAAGAUCAGGUUCUCCACUGCUCCUAUCAAGGUGUUCGUUACAUAUUCCAACGAAGAGUACGAUCGCAGGAAUGAAGAGGUCGACCCCGUAUCCGCAUCAGCCGAAUAUGAGCUGGAGAAGAGGGUGGAGAAAAUGGACGUCUUCCCAGUGGAAAUUCAGAAAGGAGAUGAAGGUCUGGGGAUCAGUAUAAUAGGAAUGGGCGUAGGAGCCGAUCAAGGUCUGGAGAAACUCGGCAUCUUUGUCAAAACCAUCACAGAGAAAGGAGCGGCUCAGAAUGAUGGCCGUAUUAAGGUCAACGAUCAGAUCGUGGAAGUGGAUGGGAUCAGCCUUGUAGGAGUCACCCAGCUGUUCGCUGCCACUGUACUGAAGAACACCAGAGGACUUGUGAAGUUCCUGAUUGGCCGGGAAAAGCCAGGGGUUGAGAGUGAAGUAGCUCGGUUGAUCAGUGAAACUCUGGAGCAAGAAAAGAACCCGCAAAAACAGGUCCAACAAGAUGACGACACUGCCGACGAGGAAGCGGAGAAUGAAGAAAAGGUCCCCCAAACUCAAGAAGUCCAACCUGAAGAGCCAGCAGCUUACGUCCUACAGGAACAUGAUCACACCAAGCAAGAAGACCAGCUACUAGCAGGAGAAAACAGCAAAAGCGCCAUGAAAGAGGAUGGAGAGACUCAAAUGGAAGAGGAGAAAGAAGACGACACAACCCUAGAUUUGGCUCAGGAAGUAUUUGCACACCUGAAGAAUCAAGGCAUUGUUAUUCCCGAGGGCACGAAUUACACCGAGUUAGAGCAAACAUUCAAAGAGCUCCAAAUGAAGCACAACACAACUCUAGCGGAGCUGAAGCAGAUGAAGGAAAAGCUGCGAGUGUGUGAAGCUGACCGCUUAGCCUGGGAGACUCGAGGUGCAUCUCUGGAGAAGAGCGUAAACGAGAGCAAAGAGAGAAUAGAAAAGCUGGAGAAAUACUGGCUCGAUGCUCAGGCUCUCUGCAAGACCAUCAACCAGCGACUCAGCGAGGCCCAGAGCCAGCACGAGUCACUACAGGUCAAAUACGACAAAGCCAGCAGGCUACUACAAGAGCACAAGGACCAGGAGGCUGAGUUUAUGAAGAGAGAGGAGGAUUUGAAGAGAUGUCUGGAGGAUCGAGAGAGGGAUUAUAAGAAGUCUCUGAGAAAGCUUCAUGAACAGAUUGCUGUUUUGGAAGGUCGAGCGAGUUCGGAUCAGCCUGACGAGUCCUGCAGCCCUGCAGUAGAGAGCCAGCAGAGCAGCCCCACCUCAGGAUCCUCGGACAGGAAUGAACAUGCUUCGGAUUACCUCGUCCAUGAUGCAGACUUGGGGGAAGCGGUACCCCGGACGGAUCGUCUAGACUGCAGUGCUUACAGAGCCAAAGCCAGGCUCACCCAAGGAGUCCAGCGAAAAAGGCCAUCUCGAAGUAAACUCCGAGAGUCCGCUAAGAGCACACAGUCCUCCAUUCAACCACAGCAAGAAGAGAGCAUAAGCGAGAGCAAUAUUGAAACUAAUCGGAGACCAUCAUACUUGGAGAGCCUCUCCAUCCCUGUCCCCACUGCGCAGCCAGGCUACGAGCAGAGGCGGGAGUUUCAAGGCAGGGCGAGGCCUGGAGGAGACAGAGGAGGGGAUUUGUCCAGCUCUCCUUCCCUUCAGGGUCUUAUGCCUCAUGGAGAAGGCAGUACGAUGUCUAGCCUGUCGCCACCUAAAGACUCGUCUACAUCUCACUCAUCCAACCAGUCAUCCACCGGCCUGCUCCACAACCUCCGGAACAGGAGGUACAAGAAGAAGGAGAGCAGCCAGAGCAGGAAGAGUAAAGAUGAGGAGAGUGAUAGCUCAACCACAAGAUCAUCUAAGAGAAGAUUUCCGGAUUUUGGCGGUCUGCGCAAAUCCGGUGGCAAAGGCCGCAAGCAAGAAAAGGAGGCACAGCGAGGUUCUGUAGGGAGCAGGAGCUCCAGAGAGCUGGUGGACGAAUCUAGUGGAAACGCUUCUCCCUCCGACUCUGUGUCCUCCAUCCCAUCCUGCAUGCCUUUCUCCUGGUUCGGAGACAGGGAGAGAUCGAGAGAACGGGAGCGAGAGAAAGAGCAGUCACUGUCCAGCUGCAGUCUCCCCCAUAGUCCGACAGAGGGACAUGCAGAGGACGGAACGGAACGAAGGAAUAAGAGCUUCAAUUUGAACGCCAGCAGUCCUCGCUCUGCCCUGGUGUCUUUACUGAGUGAACCUCGUACUCGAGGACACUCCCAGAAGCUCAUCAUCUCCUCAUGCGAGACCCUCGAUGAUAAGCCUGGUCCAGUCACAGAGCAACACUUGUGGCUGAACUGCCCCCUUUCUGAGUGGACCAAUCAGCAGGUGUGUCGCUGGUUGAUGGGCAUGAACAUGGACCAAUACAUAGCUGAGUUCACCGCAAAAGGCAUUGAUGGCAAACGUCUGGCCGAUUUGGACAGCAGUAAACUCAAGGAGCUGGGGGUGUCAAGUCACAGAGAUCGGUCCACCAUUAAGAGGAAGCUGAGAGACAUGAAGAAGGCACAGGAAAAGUUUGAGAAGCAGCGGGCGAAGAAGGAGAAGGAGGUCCGACUGAGCGGUGCUGCUGGUAAACCUGCUAAUCUUGAAUCUGCCUGCUGAUUCUGAAUCGCCAGUAAAAUUUACACUUCAGGGAAAAGCCCCUGAUCUGGGAAGCGCGGACAUUCCCAACAGGAUGUCAUGUACGUCAUGGCUGUGUGUGUGUAUGUACUGCAAGUCACUGGAUAUGAUGGGAAUAGGAACCCACUCAAUUGGAAGUAACUUAGAUUCUUCUAGCACAUUCUUUCCAUUCUCUGGUUAAGUAAAGAUAUUUUUACAAUUUUUAAUCAUAGUUUUAUAUCGUAGGUCUUGAUUCGUCAUGUCCAAACUUAAGACUCAAGGUGUCUUAAUUACACUGCUGCUGUUUUGAAUCAAUUCUUGACUUCCACUUAAAUGAAAUUGUUUGUAUUGUCCAUGCAGAUUUUAGUCUCUUGACAUCCAAAUUUGAGGUACAAUGUCCUGAUUUGGCUAAGUGACUCAUCAACAAAGGUGAGACUCAGUUAAAUUUCAGCAAAUCACAAACCAAGGUAUAUGACAUCAUUUAUCCCUUUAGCUCACUCAUUUGCCUUGAUGCUAUGCUUAGCAUAAAGUAUUACAUGUAAUUCCAUGAUAUAAUGGUAGGAAAACACAAACUAACCUUGCUAGCACUAAGCCCGUGAUAGUUUGCUCCAUAGCCGAUGCUAAGGAGUGGAAUGUUAUAUUGGGUAUGUAAAACCAGGAGCCGUGUCUGCUAGGAAGAAAACUGACAUGAGGGAAAGUAUUUUAUUGCAUAAUUAUAACCAAUAGGUACAUUUGUUUAGUUUCACUGUCUACAUACUCAAAUGGAUAUAUUUGCACAUCUGUGUUGAAUAAUAUUGGGCUUAAAAUUGAGCCCUGGGGUAUUCCACAUGCUUCUCAUAUAUCAUAAGCUAAACAAUUAUGAUGUCAUGUCCUAUGAAAUUUGUGGUUGGUUGAUCAAAUGUAAUCUAAGCUCCACCCUUGUUGAAUCAUUGAUGCACUAAAUUCAAAGUGGCAGUUCCUGUUUCUUCACACUGGAGGGCAGCAGUGUAACUGAAGUGACCCAUGGAGCACUUCUUAUCAGGGUUGGCAUUCACAGAGUCAAACUGUUGAUACUGGAUCCGUCUUAAUAUCCAUAACUACCAUAAAUGGAGAAUUUUAUCAAAUCCAGUGUCCGAUUUUUCUCUGAAGUGCUUUUGUGAAUGCUAGAGCACACCCUGCACUUUAGAUUAACCUCUAAUCUGUAGCAAGCGAAUGUCUGUCUGCGUUACGGAGCACAAGUACGAGUGCUUUGCUGAGCAAAUCUACUGAGUGGAAAUUGAGUGUGCACUUUUAACUGUGCACAUCACCUCCCCGACUGUACACUUUUUUUGUCUUUUUACUUUUUUUUUUUAAAUCUGCUUAUUUUUAUCAUCAGCUGUAUAUAAUGAGGCAAGGGCGUCAGUGGACUUGUCAGGAAGAGAGAUUUUCACUGUCUCUUAUGCCACAGAUGGUUUUACAUGUGUAACAAUAAAUAAAAAAAUAUUUUACAUGAA